UCUAAAUUGACCAAUAAAAGCAAUUUGUGCUGAUCGGUACUUGUUUUCAUUUUGACGGGCAGUGUUUUUCCGUACCCUAUUUCAAUGGAUAUAUCUUAGAGGUUGCAUUUUCUUAAAUGUACCAAUAAUCAGACAUGUAAUGUGAUUAAUAUCUGAGCUAAUUAAGUGCAAAAUGUGUCCAUAAUGUGUAGAAUUUCUGCAAAUUUUGGACUGACACUAGAGGCCGCUUGCUGAUGUGAGAUCAAAGAUGGCUGCCGAAAUGGGGCUUUCCCCAGAAAUCUUAGAAACGGAGGCCUUUCCUCCAGACAAGGUUCUGGAGAAAAGUAAACCUCGUUCUGGCCUUAUGGAGCGUCUGCGAAGUCGUUGUGGUCAGCACAAGUCUUGGACAGACAGUGUGAAGGCAAUCCGUAUGGCUAUUGCAAACGACAAGAGGUUGCAGGCAGAUGCUCUGGAGAAGUCGUCAAUACAGAAUUGUCUUGAUAAGCUACACAGGGCUAUGAAAAUCACAAAUCAACAGUCUCUGAUCGAGCGUCUUGACCUGAUUUCCCGGCAGCUUGGAAUGAUAUUUACACCGCCAUCGCACUCUGAUAACCAGCUUGUCCUGAGCUCGGAAAUGUUCAAGGUCGUUGUAGUGCUUGAAGGUCAAAGUGGCAUCAGAGAUGUCAAGGUUGGCCAUCAAGAAACUCCAGUUAGUUGUGAAGAUUUGGUGGAAGUGCUAAGUAAGGGUAACUUUGAGGAGUUUGUGAGUCAUCUACAAGGGUUACUUGCCAUCUAUAGUAUACAAGGAGACAGGAAGCAGAAAAACAAAGGUUACCUGGCCUUGUCUUCUCUAGAACAUGAUCUCAAUCAACUUGCACAAUUACAGAGUUCUAUUAACGGGGUGGCAAAUUACAUUCAUAAGUCUCCAUUAGGGAUUUUGUUACCUAGAAGAGGAGGUCACCCUAUGAAGCUGAUUUACUUUGUCUCGCCAUAUGAUUUACUGUGUAAGAAAUCAAAGUCCUCGUAUCCCAUGACUGUUGAAGCUAUAACAGAAAACGGUUUGGGUCAUAGUGUAACGGUCAGUUUAGAGCCUUGCCCACAUGUAAAUAAACUACAAACAAUUCCAUUAAUGACUGUACGACAAAAUCAAGAUGGAAAAAGUCUACCUUCAUUUCAAAAUGUAAAUAAUAUCAACAGUUAUAGUUUAUCUGCAAGUUUUGUCCUCGUUCUACCACAGCCUAUACCUGUUGCUAAAUCUGUCAUUUAUGCCAUAAAAGAUAUCACUGGUAUUGAUGUUAUGCACGGAGAAGAGCAGUCAUUCUUGUCUGUCCUCCUUUCACACAAUUCCAACGCAAGCAUGUCAAAUGGAAAUGAAUUAUUUGUGACAUUGCCUGACCAGCAGCAUGUAUACUAUUUCAACAAGAGUGUGGAUGGUUGUCUAGGACAGCCGGGAGCUCUAGUCAAUAAAAUACCAUUUACUCUUCCUACAUGUGUUCCAAAAGUGCUAAAUCUUCUACGUCAACAGCUUAUGUUUAACUCAGUCAUACAGAGCCUUAUCAGACCAAAUUCUAAAAGAGAUUACAGAGAGGGUGUUGUGUUUGAGGUGACGGCCAUGUCUCUGCAGUAUCUCAGUUUAAUGUUUGAACAUCCCCUUUAUCACUCCAUGAUCACAGUUGAGUUUGACCUGAGUGAUCUAACCAGUGUACAUUGCAAUAUUAAUACAAAUAUGAAAGAUGAAACCAUCUGUUCAGAUGAUUUCGUCUCCAAAGCAUUUCAGAGAAGUUUUUCUAUACCUGUGGCUCUACGUUCAGUUAUAAAGAAAGUGAAUGAUCAGAUAAAACUGCUUGCUCCUCCAGAGCCUGUUGUGAAACCUCUUGUUAAAUCAAGGUGGACAUGGACUAAACCAAGUCCUGUGAAAAAGUCAUCACCAAUGACUAGUAACACUUCUUCAGUGCCAACACAAAACUUAGUGUCAAACAUUCAAAAUCCUCCGCCAUAUCAUAGUGUGGAAAAUUGGACACCUACUCCACAGGCUGGUCAGAUAGAGAUGCAUAAAUAUAGUAUACAGUUUAGUCAAACACCUAUAUCAGAACCACCUGUGACUACUCCCGAAGAGUUUCAGGAACAGCGUCCUGCGGCAAACCCACUUCUUGCAACAUUAUUGGACGCAGGCUCGCCAGUUGUUGAACAGCCGCCUGUGCCAGUUGUUAAUGAAAGUCCCAUGUUAUCAAAACUGUUGGAGGAAAAUACUUCAGUGGCUUCAAAUCCAUUCCCUGCCCCAAAUCCAAAUCCGCGUAAAAGAUUAACUAAACGUAAAUCGUCCAAAGACAUUGCGGGUAAAAGUCCAAAACAUCGGAUAUCAGAUUCUGAAAUGGCAGAACGGACUUGCAAUGAAAGAGUUGGAAGUGAAAGACAUGGGCAGGGAAUGGGGGAAAAACAUAUAGAUCUUGAUUCUAGUGGUGGAUCUUAUGAGGAAAUAACGCGUCCAUCUAGUGUUAGUAGUGUAGGAAGUGUUGGUGGCCAGUCAACUGGCUCCGUUAUAGAUUUGACCGAUAUUGGCGAAUCACAUGUGAAAAAAUUGGAGAAUAGUUUAGACAGUAUUAUGGGUAAAGAGUCUCCCCGUAGUGGAGCUAUGAUUGGUAUGGGUCAACCAUUGAACAGUCACCUUGGGCUGGAUAUGUUUGACAUGCAUCCUGGGGAUUUUCACCACGGCCAGAACCCAAAUCAGUUCAUGGGGGAUGGAAGUGGUGAAUUUCAUCCACCAAAUCAGUGGCCAUCAAGACAAACCCCGCCAACUCCAACAUCCCGCAACUCACCACACCACGGAGCCAUGCCAAAAAACGAGAAAACCUCUACCUCUCUUGAGGAACUGCUCUUAGGGCCAGGAGGUAGAGAGAUCGAAGGCCCAAACUCGGCUCACCAGCGACGCAACUCACAACGUCGCCCAAGCUUCAAACGUCAGAAUUCACUCAGUAGGAACAGCGUUGAUUGUGCUAGUCCCGACGUUUUCUCACCAUUGAUGACCUCUCCGGGUCACCAUCCACAAGCAUCGCCGGGUCAGUUUCAAAUACCAUCACCAAAUUACAUUGUUUCUCCAGGAAUAUAUCCACAGAUGUCUCCUAGUCAUAUAGCAACAGUGACAUCUCCUAGCUUACAAAACGUUUCUACUAAAUCUGAGCCAAGUGAUUCAAAAGCAGGGAUUUUAGGAUCUCAGACACCUAUUAGCAUGUCUAGAAUCAGUAACCUGCAUGUUGGACACGUUACGUCGAGUGGUAAACCUAGUCUGUCUCUGAUGAAGGCUCAAUUAGACAUGAAAAAUGACGUGAAGCAAAGUGCAAUAACUCAGGAAAGAGAGGGGUUUAAGGAAGAGAACUCAAUCUGUUCAACGAGCUCUCAACCCCCUUUAAUGAAAAUAAAAGUGACUAACAUGAGGCAGUAUGACAAUGUAUCGCCUGCUGAUAGUGAUACUAGUAGACGCUCGAGUACGUUUGACUUUCACAGUGACGAUGAGGAUUUUUCUCUUCCAAUGGUCGAAAAAAUGACCGUAGUGUCCGCUUCUCCUACAAGACUUCAAAUCACAAAUAAAAGCACCCUUGCAAGUUUUAAUAGAUUUAACAAAAGUGAAAAAUUUAAACGGAAACAGCGAGAGAAAGAGUUAAAAAUUACAUUAUCUGUUGAUUCAGGGAAAAGAAAACGUGACAAAGAUGAGAGCAAGAAAGAACGUAAAAAGAAAAAGAUGGCAAAUAGUUCAUAUUCUGUUGAAAAUGAAAUGGCUGUUUAUAAGUCAAUAACUGUGGAUAAUGUCAGCAGUCAAAAUGACCACCUUCCAAAAUUAAAAAUUACGAAAAAAGGUCUUAAAAUGUCUGUGGAAAAUUCUGUUUUGGAAAGUAAAGGUGAUAAGGCAGUCCAAAAAUCUGAUAAAUUAGACAAAGUAGGCAAAGAACCUGUAGUUAAAAUUGAAAAAAUGGAUAAAGCAUUGAGUAGGGAAGCUUCAGAGAAAGAUAUUAAAAGCUCAAAAGACAAAGUUUCAAAACAAAGAGAUAAAGAUAAGUUGUGUGCAGUGACUAAAGCAACUUCAGCCUCUGAUGAAGGUAUCUUUGACAAAAUAAAUGCUAUGAAGUCGGAAAAUAUGAGUAAAAAUGAUAGUGCAAAUAUUCCAGGGGAAAAGAAUGUGUCCCAUGACAGUACAAGUAAAAGAUCAAGCAGUUCUUCUAAGUCUGUUAAAUCUCAUAAAUCACAGCGCUCUUCCUCUAAAUCAGAUUCUAAAAUGGCACGGACUCCAACUAUAAAAUUGAAACCCAUUGUUGUGCCAACUAGCAGUUCUGGAUUAACAGUAUCGAGGAAUCCCCCAACUCCUGGCACACCAACAACCCCAAAAUCUAUCACUCAAUCACCUACCUCAGCGACUAUUGGCAAAAUUGGUGCAGUCUCUCUCGCCACAUCUGGCUCUCAAAAACAGCUUACCCCUACUAACAGUAAAAGUCCGCAGGGCUCUGUAAGUAAGUCUUCAGGGCCAUCAGCAAAAACUUCAUCAGGGUCGUCAUCGAAAACAAGCAGUGGAAUGCAGAAAAACUUUCAAAUUCAAGGACCUAGUGGUAAAAAUUCGCCCAUUCCUCAAAGUAAUAAAUCGAGCCACGUUCGCAGCUCAAGUACUUCAAAUUUAAAUUCAGGUUCUAGUGCUUUAAAGUUGGACAAGUCAAAGUCAAUAUCCUCUUCCUCAAUAAGAACUUCUUCACCACAUUCAGAUAAAGAAAAAUCCAAGUCGAGUUCACGGAGUUCAAGUGGACGUGAUAGAGAUAAGCCUACCUCAAGUAGUAAAACCAGUGUUCCUACCACAACAGUUAUAACACAGGAAACUGCGGCUUCUGUUCUUUCAUUUUUGAACCCAAAUAAAAUCGCUAAACUACCACCAAUACCAAAGCUAAGUUCAACUACUGGAAGUCAGAAAGUGUCCACGCCUACAUCGACAAACAAUCCAAUUGUGUCUACAAGCACAGCGCCUACCUACAGUUCAACGUCUACAACAAAUUCCAAAUUUUCAAAGGGAGGUAAUUCAGUUACAAGUGUGUCCAAGGGUAGUAACUCAAGCAGUGCUACAACAACUUCUUCCAAAUCUAGCAUAUCAAGUGCAAACCAUGUGAAAAAUAAUUACAUACAUAACAAAAGUAGUUCGAGCUCAAAUUCAAGACCUCAAAAUCAGAUGGUCACAAAUACUGCUAAUUCAAAUAGAAAUAAUAGUAAUUCACCCCAACAUUCUUCUCAUAAGCAUGAGAAAGGAGCAAACAGUUCAUAUAACAAGGUCAAUAAUCAAAGUGGUGCAAAUAAUGUGAAUAGUGGAUAUAGGAAUAAUUAUAAUGGAGGAAAUAAUCCGCAGAAUAGAAAUUCUGGCAUGCAUAAUUCUAAUUCUCAUUCAAACUGGUCAAAUAGUACAGCAAGUGCUAGUCCUCACCAGAAAACAAAUAAUUCAAACAACUCGAAUCAAAGUGGAUUUAGGGGAGGUAACUCUAGCUCCUCACAUAGUGGUGGUAGCAAAGGAGGCAAUUCUAAUAGUGACAGUGCUUUAGCUCGAACUUCUUCUGUGAGCAACAGUAGUAAUAUAUCAAACUCUAAAGGCAGUUCUUCUGUGCCAAAUGCUCCAAAAGGACCAGGACCCCCUGUAUCAAGACAACAUUCUGUAGAGAAAAGUGGAAAUAAUCAUUCAAAUGCUGCUGCGGCAGCUAGGGGUCGUAAAGGGUCACUCUCGGCAGUAAUUGAUAAGUUGACAUGUAAGGCUACAGUCCCAAUCGGCAGUGCUUCUUCGUCACAAAAACUAAAUCAAGUGAUAGUUAACGAAUCCCCUGCUAGUCCUGAAAUGGAUAAUCCUGGUUUAGAAAUGAAAGGAGGGAGUAAAGUUGUGAUAUUUGAGGCACCAGCAAGUCCGGAACCUGAAAAUUGUGUUAAUAGUGCUCCUAAGUCACGGAUAAACAGUGUUCGUGAAAUUGUUAGUAUUCCAUUAGAAAAUGAGCCUGAUAAUGUAAAUGAUGUAAGUACUAAACAAUCUGGAAUAAAAGUGAAUAAUAGUGAACGGAAAAAAGAUCAUUUAUUAUCAAAAGGUAACAUUUCCUCAAAUUCAUCCCCGAAAAUCAUUCCAUUAAACUCGCCUAAAGAAAAAUCGAGCCCUCACAGGAAUUCACCAGUGAAUAAGAAGUGUAAUGUGAAACAGGGUGGUGUAGAAGUUGUUAAUAGUGUUGAUAAACAGAAUGGUGAGCUAGAAGAUCAUCAUACUAAACAUGCAAAUGUGUCUAAUGAUAUUAUGAAUAAUUCCUAUAGCAAUUCUCAAUCAGAUCUCCCUGUGAAUGAUGCAAAAGCCAAAGAUAAUGUUUUUAAAACACCUGUUACAAAACCACAGGAGAACACUGAAGAUAUUGAAAAUCUAGGUGGCCGUAGAAAUUUCCGCCAAAGUUCAUUAUCUAAAACAAUAUCUGACCCGAUAAGCCCUGCCAGUAGUCCUGAAAACGGGCUUAUCAUUGACUUUCCAUCAUCUCCUCGACAUCUGCAAAAUAAAACCAACUCUCCGCAGUGUAACCCAGUAUCGGAUACUUUCAUAGAGAAUAGAACUUCUCCCAGCUUUCUAAAGUCACCCGGAAUGAAGUCCAAACUGAAAACAUCACCGCCUUGUUCGCCUUCAGGCAAAGAUUCAAGCCUCGGCUCAAAUGCCAACUCCCCAGACGUCCUUGAAGAUGAUCUAAUGGAUGAAGCUCUAGGAUUUGGAAAUUAAUUUAUAGUUACAGUAUAUGUUCAGGGACUAGAAAAGAAAUUUUAUAUUAUUAGUCAAAUUAAGUUUUAUAUAAAGUUAGUCGCAAUUUAAAAAAGCAACUUGAAAUGUUAGUUAAAAUUAAAUAUAUUUUAUUUAAUAUCAGGAAAAAAAAGAAACAAAAGACAUACAAACAAUAGAAAUCCUUUUAUAUAGAUUUUUUUCAUGUCUUCUGUAGAUUUUAUUGUUGUUGAAAUAUUCAUUUAUUCUUCUGAGACAGUUUCUUUUCAAGUCCUCGGAUAAAGAAAAAUGUUAAAGAUUUUAUUUAUUAUAAUAUGGGUUGAAACAUAAUGAAUGGCUGUGAAAUUUGCUCAUUGGUAUAAUACUUCUAAAAGGCUUUAUGUUCAUAAUUAGAAUUCUAAUACAAGUCUUUUAAUUUAACCUUCUUAUUUGUACUUCAUAAGGACGGGUUACGAAAUAGUGAGAUUUGUGUUAAAAUUCUUAUUUGAGCGGCGUCACGACAAAACCAAUGUAAUGCAUUUGCAACCAGCAUGGAUCCAGACCAGCCUGCACAUCCGCGCAGUCUGAUCAGGAUCCAUGCUGUUCGCUUACAAACUCUAUAACAAGUAGAGAAACUGAUUGCAAACAGCAUAGAUCCUGAUUAGACUGUGCGGAUGUGCAGGCUGGUCUGGAUCCAUGCUGGUCGCAGACGCACUAUGUUGGUUUUGUCGUGACACGGCUUAUUUGAUAUUUUUAUUUAUUUAUUUAAAGGCUGCUUAUUUUCUCUUCUAAUGUAAAUCAUUUAUAGAUAACGAAAUAUAUUUUUGUAGUUUAAACAGUAAGCUCUGUCAGUCAUGUAAAUAUAUUAAGGGGAGGCAACUGAGAAGUUUGGGCAGUAAUAUGAAUUAUUUAAAAGGGAAGUAACUUAAGAGAUCAUUAAGAGUAAUAAAAACAUGUUAAAGGGAAGCAACUUGGUACAUACUGUAUGAAUUUCAUUUUAUGUUACACAGAACACAUUUAGAAAUAAAGUUGACAUUUUUUCUUUACUAUUUUUUGUCAGUCUGAACAAGUAUCGUUACAGAAGUUAAUUGAUUUCUACAAAAAUAAAAGGGCUCUCAGUGGGGUUAUUCACAUAAUAUUUUCUUCAUAAUGAUGAUGUGUAACAUAGAAAUAUAUGUAUUACAGUUAGUUCAUGAUAACUAGGGCAAUUAAAUCCAGGCCAAUUAUCCACAUUUGAAAAGGGCAUGUUGUUUUUUUCUCUCUCUUUUUAACCUUGUUGUUAUUUUUCUCAACACAAGCUAUUGUUAAGUUAUUGUGUUUUGUUUUUUUGUUUUUUUUGCUAUAAACAAAACCGUUUGUUAUUUGGUUUUUCUCUCGUUCUGUGUUAUGCUGUUAAACUAAUACAUUAACCAGUUUGUUUGUUCAUUGGCAGGCCAAUAUUUUAAUAUUUGCUUAGGUAACUGAAUAAAUGUUAGGGAAAAUACAGAUAUAGUUGGAUUUGUAUACGUUUUAUACUGGUGCAAUAUUAAUGUUGACCCUGUAAACUUACCAUCUCAACUAUGGGGAAAUAUUGAGACAAUUGUCUGUUACAUGAUUUCAUGACCCUUGUUCCCCCAGUAAGUUAUAAAAUUAAAACCCGUUAAAGGGUUUGAUUUCACUGAUUCCUUCUUAUGGCUUUUGAAUUUGUACCUGAUGAGUCGCUGUCGUUCUAACUUACAGCAUGACAUGAUAAUUUGAACACAUUUCUGUCAUAAGAUAAAACAAAAUUAACAAACAAGCCACACAAACACGAACAUUCGAUAAUUAACAAUAAUUUAUUGCAUAUGUUCGGCUCGGCUAUAAGCCUUCAUCAGUAAGAUAAAACAGAAAUUUGCCAUACAACUUCUUCUCUCAUAAAUUCUUGAAAAAAAAAAAAACACUUAUUUUUAACUGCAACUGACCAUGUUAAACUUCAUGAUCUCACAUUUUGUAAUAAUGGUGAAACUGAUUUUUUCCCUCUAAAAUUCAUUAUUUUAUUGGCUAUUGAAUAUUUCAAUUCAGCAAACUAUUUGAAAUUUUUGUUUUCUGAUAGGUACUUUAAAUGCUACGGGCUAUAAUGGCAGGACUAAAUCGUUUAUAGAACUAGCAGCCUGCAUAUAUGUGCUGUCAAUGCAGCCACCCCUGUAUGCCAUUGGCUGACCAUUAUCCAGCCCUCUUAGUAUAGAAAUCCUUCAAAUUACCAAUGAACAGUUCAAAGAUACAAAGCAGGUGAAGUCCAUUAGUUCAGCAGGGUUUAUGCAAAAAUAUCUACAAGUUUAAAUCUAUCCUCUACAAGUCCGGUUUUGGUGGGACCUUUUGAUUUGCAAUAGAUUAUUAUGACAAUUUAUGAACACAAAGAAGCUGUCUAUUAGUAUUACUAAUUAUCUUAGAAGUAAGUUAUUUCUUAAUAGAGUAAAAUGAUCUUACAGAAUGCUAGGUAUUCUUAACAGGCAAUACAUUUACCUUUUCUUAACUUUAUUUAUAACAAAAAACAAUUUUUUUAGAAAGAUUAUGUUGAGAUAAUCUUUAUACUUUGUCUAUAUUUUGAUAAAAAUUAUUGAUACAUUUUUUUAUAUAAUAAAUGAUUUAUAAGUUAAUAAUGCAGGCAUAUCUGAUCAUUUUUGGACAUAUUUUUAGACACAUGACUUUGUAUUUAUCAUGGUAUACAAUUUUCUAAGUCGACUUUCUUCUUUCCUGAUAUUUUUGUACAAACAAAAAUGAAUUCCUGUUUAUGAUUUAUAAAUGUUUAAAAAAAAACCACUUUUAAAUGUUUUAGUUGUGUAUAGUGAGUGAUGGGACACAGCCAAUUUCUUUAUAUUUAAACCUCAAAAUUUGAUGAUUACAUAGCUCAAGUUAUUUAUUUUUUUGUUAUACUCAAAAUGGGUGUAUUAUAUAUAAUGAAGAAUUAAUUUAUUACAAGAUAUAAAUAGUGUGGUAAGGGGGGAAAUGUUUUCGCUUUCUGUUAAAUGUUAACUAUAUAGUGUGCAUUGAUUCGUUCUCCAAUAUAUUAUAUACUAUUUAUGUUAAAUAUUUGAUAUAUGUAUAUUUGAUCAAAAUGAUAAAAUUGACGGGUUUUAUUUUAGUGGGUUUUGUUGAGUUUUACAUGCAAAUAAAGUAAGACUGUCAAGGCUGUGCUGAAGAUGUGUUAUGUGUUGAGUUUGUCUCUCUAGGACAAAUAUGUUUGUUUUCCCCAGCUUGGUUGACUAUUGGUGAUUUAAAUGGAACUGUAUGGAGUUACCACAGGUAUACAUAGAAUUCUUACUAAAGAAAAUUUAAGCACUUUCGGCUGUGUAUGAAUAGAGUAACAGGACUGGUGCAAUGGUCAACUUAAGAUGUAUUUUGUUUAUUGUCUUUUUCAUGUUAAGUUAAUAGAUGGUAUUGAUAGGAGAAAAGAAAACAUGUCUCUUAGAAUAAACAAAAAAAAAAACAAACAGUGUAACUCCUCCAGAAUCUAUUUCUAUCUUCUUGCUAUUGUAUCCUGUUUUUGCUUCCUUGAUUUAGAUUAUGAUAUACAAAAAUUGUUUAAUAAAUGGUCGUACAAAUAUAUGUUCCUUCUAUGGUAGCAUGUUAGAGUUGAUUAAGUUUAAUAUUUUUACAGAAAUUUGUUUGUUACUUAAUACUGAACAACUUCUUACAUAUAGUGGAAACUUUUUAGAUUUACGGAAAGGGGUUAGGCUUAUGUAAUUUUCUCAGAUUUUUUAAUUUUCUUAUGGGCGAUAAGAAGGUACCAAAAAACCCCCAAAAAAACAGAAGAGAAGGGAAUGAUUCAAUACUGUACAAUGAAUUCUGUUUGAACUACAUGUAGUUUAAAUGAAAUAUGUCUUGUAAACUUGUUAAGAAAUUGUACCAUGAUUUAUUCAGGGAUUUGAUUAUAAAUGAUAAGGCAAAGACUGUGCCAUGCUGAGUAUAUUUGCGUUUUUUUAUCUUCCCUGUAACAAUAAGUAUUACUUUGUUGGCAGUAAAGAUAAUUAAAUAGUUGGACGACUUUGAAUAUUUUACUAUAGUUAGGCGACUGAAUAUUUUACUAUAGUUAGGCGACUUUGAAUAUUUUACUAUAGUUAAGUAAUAUUGUUAUUAUUAUCUCUGAACUGUAUUUAUUUUGAUAUAUAUGUUUGUUUUUGUCUGUAAGUUGUGUAAAAUUGUGCUCCAUGUUAGGCUAUGUAAAACCUGGUUUCAUUUGUAAUUUUUUUUUCUUUGUUAUUGGCAAGUCAUGCUUGGCCAGUUUUUAUUUAAAACGUAUUUAUUGGACUUCCAUGUGAAUACAGAUAAUAAGUUCAUGUUAUGAUGUAUUUUCAAGGAAAAUGGAGGAUUACUGUUUUGAAACUAUACAAAUUAUGCAAUUAAGUAAGAACAAGAAAAGAAUUCUUUUUAAAGAUAUUUUUCACUUUACCAAAUGAAUUGGUACUUCUGCCUUUUUUGGUCGCCAAUCAUAAAAAAAACACCCUGUAGUCCAAAAAUCUUUCACCAAAAAGUCAAGAGAAUACCUUACCAACUUAAUGGUAAAUUAAUAUUGAAUUUAUAAAAAAAAGAUUUGAUAUUUAUUGAGUUUUAGAUAAUUUCUUUCUACUUAUAGCAAACUUGCCUAUACUUAAUUCAGUAUUUAUAACUACCCCUUUGUAAGAUUAUAUGUUAAACUUCAGUUAAACAAAGUAAUAAUUUCUAACUCUUUAAUGAUACCAUAUUUAUGCAAACAUGGUUAAUGAAAAAAAAAAUGAAAAUAUUAUUGUAAUAGUUCUUUGUUUGGGGGGGGGGGUGAAGGAGAUGGGGUGUUGUUUUACAUAAUCCUAAUUUCUGGAGCAUAUCUGUCUUAUAUAAUUAUAUGAAAAAAACUACCAUGUCAUAUGAUUUGAUGAACUGAUGUUGUUUGUUUUUACAUUUUUGAUAUUGUACAUAGUGCUCAACACAUUAUGAGAGAGACUUAUAUAUUAGCCCCAUAGUCAUUAUCAAAUUUUUAUACUGUGAGUAUAAAAAAACAAAAAUUAUAAACUGUAAAUCAUGAUCUUUAUGUGAAAAGUUUUAUGUGUAAAUAAAAAAAUCCUAUGCCUUCAAAACAUGAAAA